GGCUGCCCCGCCCUUCGGGCUCGGGCCCCGCAGUCCCCGCAGAGCGCCGCGGAGCGCAGGGAUGCCCCGGGCGGUCGCUACCCCUCGCCGCAGGGCGAAGCCCGGGCAGCGCGCGGGGGACGCGGAGCCCUCCCCGGGGAACCGCACAGGUGUGUGCACACGCGUGCAGCCACCGCCGCGGGGCACCCUCCAAGUCCUCCGUGGCAACGGCACUUCUGUGGGGACUGUCAUCGUGUUCCGCUGCCCCUCAGGCCACCAGAUGGUCGGGUCCGGCCUCCUCACCUGUGCCUGGAAGGGUAGCGUUGCCGACUGGUCUUCAGUGACCCCUGUGUGCAAAUCCGUGCCGCCGUACGAGACCUUCGGCUUCAAGGUGGCUGUGAUCGCCUCCAUCGUCAGCUGCGCCAUCAUCCUGCUCAUGUCCAUGGCCUUCCUCACCUGCUGCCUCAUGCGCUGUAUGAAGAGGAGUGAGCAGCCAUCCGACAGGGCGACCCAGCUGUGGCUCCAGCUGAGAGCCGGGGACUUGGAGACGGUGCCGCCCGCCUACCUCGGCCUCAAGGGUGUGAACAACAGCAACAGCGGCAGCCGCGGCGGCGGGGAGCCCGGGGGCCGCCCUGGCCAGGCGCAUGACAACUACAGUUUCACCACGGAUCUGGGUGAGGGCACCAGAGAGCUGGCUGGCGUGGCCCGCAGCGUGGACAAGGACCCCUGGACCACCAGUUGUCCUGCAGGCUCACCCCGUGCCCAGGCGAUGGUGCACACGGCAGACCUGGGGCAUGCCCCGCCUGCCUCCUGGCCCACCACAGGAAUGUCCGGACAGCACAUGGCCUAUGUCCCAGGGUGACUGAGUCAAAGUCCGGAGCCUGCCCACCACCCAGCCACCUACAUCUCGACUGUGUCCGGCUUGCGAUGGGUCAGUGAAAUCAGCUUCCGGGUUUAGGAAUCCCUCAAGGAGCUGAUCUGGGGACUCCAGAGGGGUGUCCUGUCCCAGGGGAGCCCAGCUGGAGCAGCUUUUAUAUAUAGGGCUCCUUGAAACCACACUGGGGUUCUGGAACCAGAUGCAGCCCCCCCCAGGUGGCUCCUUUAAAGCGACUGGGGGACGUUUUAAUAGGCAAAUCUCGUUUUGUGUGGUAGAGACAGCAGGGCCCCAGCUGGGGCAUCUGCUCUCUGCAGAGUAGCCACGAGGGGAGAGGGGUGUGAAAUAAACAAUUCUAACACUGGAAAAACAAAGGUAAAAA